AUGCGCAUUGCCGCUUCGGCCGUCAUUGUGGGCGCCGCUUCGGCCUCGCUGCUGUCUCCGCCUGGCCAGCAGCAGGUGUUGGGCAAUGCUGAAAAGCUUGCCCCCGUCGACGAUACCGUGCCUUCGAGCUCAUCUGACCUGCUUUCCUCGCUCCAGGGCAUCCUAAAGGGCUUGACGCCCGAUGCCGAGGCCCUCUGGGAGGAUGUCCGGAAGCUGGUGCCUGAUGCCUUUGAAAAGGCCAGCCUCUUUUCCAACCCGAAGAAGCACACCCGUCGUCCCGAUAACCACUGGGACUUUAUCGUCAAGGGUUCUGAUGUCCCUGCUCCUCUGACCGCGGCCGCCCCCGGUUACGAGGACAGCGGUGACAUGAACGCCUACAACCUGCGUGUCAAGGCUGUCGAUCCGUCCAAGCUUGGUAUCGACAAGGUGAAGCAGUACAGCGGCUACUUGGACGACGACGAGAAUGACAAGCAUCUGUUUUACUGGUUCUUCGAGUCCCGGAAUGACCCCAAGAACGAUCCGGUGGUCCUUUGGCUGAACGGCGGCCCGGGCUGCUCUUCGCUGACUGGCCUUUUCUUCGAGCUCGGCCCCUCGGCCAUUGACGAGAACAUCAAGGUUGUCAACAACCCGUUUUCGUGGAAUGCCAACGCUUCCGUCAUCUUCCUCGACCAGCCUGUCAACGUGGGCUACUCCUACUCCGGCACGUCCGUCAGCAACACCGUCGCUGCCGGCAAGGAUGUCUAUGCACUCCUUACCCUCUUCUUCAAGCAGUUUCCCCAGUAUGCCAAGCAGGACUUCCACAUUGCUGGCGAGUCGUACGCCGGCCACUACAUUCCUGUCUUUGCCCACGAGAUCCUGGCGCACAAGGACCGCAACAUCAAUCUAAAGUCCGUGCUCAUUGGCAACGGCCUGACUGACCCUCUCACCCAGUACGAGCAGUACCGUCCCAUGGCUUGCGGUGAAGGUGGCUGGCCAGCCGUGCUGGACGAGUCGCAGUGCCAGGCCAUGGACAACUCGCUGCCACGCUGCCAGUCGCUCAUCAGCAACUGCUACAACUCCAAGAGCGUGUGGAGCUGCGUGCCCGCCUCCAUCUACUGUAACAAUGCCAUGAUCGGCCCCUACCAGAGCACCGGCCAGAAUGUCUACGACAUCCGUGGCCCUUGCAAGGACACCAGCAACCUUUGCUACCCGCAGAUGGGCUGGAUCGCCGACUACCUCAACAAGGACGAGGUCAAGACCGCCGUCGGCGCUGAGGUCGACUCGUACGACAGCUGUGACUUUGACAUUAACCGCAACUUCUUGCUCCAGGGCGAUUGGAUGCAGCCCUUCCACCGCCUCGUGCCCGACAUCCUGGCCGAGAUCCCCGUCCUCAUCUACGCUGGCGAUGCUGACUACAUCUGCAACUGGCUGGGCAACCGUGCCUGGGCCGAUGCGCUGGAGUGGAGCGGCCAGAAGGCUUUUGGCAAGGCUUCGACUGAGGCGCUGAAGCUGUCCACCAGCUCUGCCAACGACGAGUCUGCGGCUGAGGGUAAGAAGGUUGGCUACGGCACGGUCAAGGCCGCGAGCAACUUCACCUUCCUCCGCAUCUACGAUGCCGGCCACAUGGUGCCAUAUGACCAGCCGGAGGCGUCCCUGGACUUCUUCAACCGCUGGUUGGGCGGCGAGUGGGUCGAGAAAUAG